AUGGCAACACCAAUAGCCAUGUUGUCUAGGCCUGGUCGUCGGGCUUUGCCGGCUACGCGACUCCUCGUACGCCAAUCGUCCACAUCACAGGGUCAAAAUUGGGCUGGUCAUCCGUUCGAUGUUGCCAAAGACAACGUUGCGCAACUGGCUGCCAGUCCUCGCCGGGCUUUGACACUGGCAGACUUACUCAAACACGGGCGUCCACCACUAUCCAAAGACGCACUUUUAGCUUCGGCCAACUUCACCCUCUCACUACUGCCCGCCCGCCUGGCUUCUCGGAUUCAAGCCCUGCGAAACCUGCCAUACAUUGUCGUCUCAAAUCCCCAUGUCUCUAAAAUCUAUCAUAAUUACGUCCACUCGCUGUCGACCCUCAUACCAUAUCAGCAACGCCGAAUCACAACCCUCGAAGAGGAGAAUCAGUUUGGAGAUGUGCUUGCAGAUCUUGUACAGACACACACAAACACAAUCCCAGUCCUCGCACGUGGUUUCCUAGAGUGCAGGAAAUACGUCAGCCCAGCCGACGUCACACGCUUUCUGGACACGCAUCUGCGAGCUCGUAUCGGCACGCGGUUGAUUGCCGAGCAACAUCUGGCUCUUCAUUAUGCUUCUCAGCCUCUGAGCGAUACGCCCUCUGAAACAGCAGAUGGUCCAAAACAGCAGAGCAAGAUCCCGUCCAACUACAUCGGAGUCAUUGACACGGCGUUGCAGCCAGCAAGUAUCAUCCGACUGUGUGAAGACUUUGUUGGAGAAAUUUGCGAGCUGAAGUAUGGCGUGCGACCGACCUUGAAGAUUGGAGGCCAGCCUGAGGCUUCGUUCGCUCACGUACCUGUGCACGUCGAGUACAUCAUUACAGAAUUAUUGAAGAACGCAUUUCGGGCUACUAUCGAAAACGGGAACGAGCGUGAACCGAUCGAAGUGACGAUCGCUGCUGCGCCAGAUGUCCCUGGAAAUGAGCGUCCCGUUCAGGGUGAUACCGAUGUCGGCUUUGAGCUUGAUGUGGAAAGUGACGGAGGGAGCUCGAAUGAGACGAUUGGGAACUGGACCCCAUCGUCUCAGAGCAUCACAAUUCGCAUCCGUGAUCGCGGUGGCGGUAUUCCGCCUGAGGUUCUGCCUCAUAUCUGGUCGUAUAGUUUUACGACAUUCUCGGAUAUGGAUUUCCAAUCCUCGGAUAAUGGUGGCAUGGAUGCUUUGAAUACUAUCUCUGCCAGCAGUGGCCAUCUCAGCAGUAUUGCGGGUCUUGGUUAUGGAUUGCCCUUGAGCCGAGCUUACGCUGAAUACUUCGGUGGUAGUAUCGCCGUGCAGAGUCUUUGGGGAUGGGGCACUGAUGUCUAUUUGACAUUACAAGGAGUCGGCAGAAUCGAUUAA